AGUCGCAAACAAAAUGUUGGCCCUAUUUUCUCGAGUCUGUUUUAUACCUGGAACUUCACAGGCAGAUGUCAUACCUCACUAAAAUGAAUAUUCGUCAUUAUAUUGUUAUAAUCUCAUCCAGUGAGGAGAUUACUCAGAGGAGAUUCUAAAGUAGUGGAGGUUGAUUUUUGAUGUCUAAUAUUGAGCAGGCAAUGUAAGAAAGAAUAAAGGAGGGAAGUCUAAUGAAGUCUAACUCUAAAUGUUUUUGCUGAAGAACAUUUGUUGAUAUUCAAAACCUCAACAGUAGCGGAGAUGGAGAGGAGCAAAAAUAAAGAAAGAUUUUCAGUCGGUGACACCAGCAUCAAAGCAGAGUUUAAGUUUAAAAUGUUCGGAUUCAGCUACCAUCUACCUCAUCUGUUAGCAACGAACCAGUGGGGUAUCUCACCGACCGGGUACGUGCAAUGGAGGCUGGUCUGGGCGUUCUACCACGUGUUCUGUUUUUUGUAUUUGGUGCUUGAUAAAGCUGUGAUAAAUCCACCGAUGCCACUGGUGUGGUUUUUCUACCUGAGCAUCUGGGGUUACCUGCUUCUUACCCUCAACACAAUAGUUCAGGCAGCCGUCGCCACUUACACCGUCUUCAGCGAACACCCGGACGACGGGGGAACACCUUGCUACCUGAAGUUUGCGUGGCUGCUGUACACCGUAUCCACAGAACUCUCAUUAGAAGUGACGAUUCUUUAUCUGUCUUGUGGUUGUAAUGGUAAAAUCUCGUUGCCCUCCGCGCUCGUUCAUGUGGCCACCUCCGUCUACGUCCUCAUCGACAUGGCCAUCACGGCAACGCCCAUACGCUUGCUGCACUUCAUCUACCCGGUGGGGCUGAAGUGCCUGUAUAUCAUGGCAAGUGCCAUGUUCCUGGCAGCAGAGGGCACGAACGAGAGAGAUGAGAAAUUCGCUUACUCCCCGUUUGACUGGGUCUACGACCGCGGCUGCUUGAAGCUGGCUCUGGCUUGGACACUAGGUGGCUCCCCUGUCCUCCAUUUUCUCGUGUGGACUCUCUCUUUAUUUAGAAAAUGGGUGCACGACAGAAUAAGCAACCUUGGCACAGUUAACGCCUCUGUGGAGAGAUCCAUUAAAAGCAAGAAUGUUCAUGGAUGAAAGUUGUCCACUCAAAUAGCUUCGUGGAUUGGUCUCAUAUUGGUCAAUUCCUUGGCGCCAGUUACAUAAGGUCUGUUUGUAAUCCAGAUAUAAGCAAUAGUGAAUCUUCUUAAUACUUGCUGACUUACUCUGGUGAUUUCACAAAGAAAUACAUUUUUUUUAAAUUUUCGGAUAAUUAUCUCCUUUAAUAAAUAAAUAAACACCACGAUUCAG